AGCGGAGCACACACGCACUGCAGGCUCCUGCGGGGACUCACUAAUAAUCAUGGUGCUGUUGCAUGUGUUGUUCGAGCAUGCAGCUGGAUAUGCGUUGUUUGCCGUCAAGGAGGUGGAGGAAAUUGGCAUGCUGCUGCCUCAGGUUGAGGAGAGUGUGCUGAGCAUCGGGAAGUUCAACAACAUGGUGAGCCUGGCUGCCUUCUUCCCUUUCAAGUCUGCCCAGGCUGCCCUAGAGAACAUGAACGCCAUCUCUGAAGGUGUGGUUCAUGAAGACCUGAAGUUGUUCCUAGAGACAAACCUGCCUCUCUCUGCGAAGAAAAAAGCGUCGUUGGGGGUUUCAGAUGCAAAAAUUGGAGCAGCGUUACAAGAAGAAUUUAACCUUUCCAUCCAGACAGGUGGAGUGGUGGCAGAGAUAUCUAGAGGUGUGCGUUUGCACUUCCACUCUCUGGUGAAGGGUCUGACGGGACUGGCUGCCUCCAAGGCACAGCUGGGUCUCGGCCACAGCUACUCCAGAGCCAAGGUCAAAUUCAAUGUCAACAGGGCUGACAACAUGAUCAUCCAAUCCAUUGCUCUGUUGGAUCAGCUGGACAAGGACAUCAACACUUUCUCCAUGCGUGUCCGUGAGUGGUAUGGUUACCACUUCCCAGAGCUGAUCAAGAUUGUGUCAGACAACUCUAUGUACUGCCGUAUGGCUCAGCUCAUUGGCAACAGGAAGGAGCUGUCAGAGGAGAAUCUGGAGAGCAUGGAGGAGGUGGUGAUGGACAGCGCCAAGGCUCAGGCCAUCCUGGAUGCAUCGCGCUCUUCAAUGGGUAUGGAUAUCUCUCCAAUUGACUUGAUCAACAUAGAGAGCUUCUCCAAUCGUGUUGUGUCUCUAGCCAAUUAUCGACUGGAGCUGCAGGAGUACCUGCGAUCCAAGAUGAGCCAGGUGGCUCCAAACCUAGCAGCCUUAAUUGGAGAAGUGGUGGGUGCUCGUCUGAUUUCUCAUGCCGGCAGUCUGACCAACCUGGCCAAGUACCCGGCCUCCACCGUUCAGAUCCUGGGAGCAGAAAAGGCCCUCUUCAGAGCCCUAAAGACAAAAGGCAACACCCCGAAGUACGGACUCAUCUUCCACUCUACCUUCAUUGGACGAGCCGCCGCCAAGAACAAAGGCCGCAUCUCCAGAUAUCUGGCAAACAAAUGCACCAUCGCGUCCCGCAUCGACUGUUUCUCAGAGGUACCCACAUGUGUGUUUGGUGACAAGCUGCGUGAACAGGUGGAAGAGCGCCUGACUUUCUAUGAGACCGGGAAUGUACCUCGGAAGAACGUGGAUGUGAUGAAAGAUGCUGUGAAAGAGGCUACUGAUGUGGCAGCUGAGAUCAAGCGGAAACUGGAGAAGAAGGAAAAGAAACGUAAGAAGCGUGAAAAGAAGUUGCAAGAAGAAAAUGGUGACGCUAACGGUGAAGCUGAGGUGGAGAACGGAGAAGCUGACGCCACCUUAGCGAAGAAGAAGAAACCAGCAGCUGAGGAGAUGGAGGUGGAAGCAGAGAAUGGAGAAGAGGAAACUCCAGCAAAGAAGAAAAAGAAGCGAAAGUCUGAGGCCGCGGAGGUAGAGGCCCCAGCAGAGGAGGCGGAGGUCACCACUACUCCAGCCAAGAAAAAAAAGAAACAAAAGACUGAGGCUGUGGACACAGAGCCAGCAGAGGAAACCUCAGAAACACCAGUGUCUGAGAAGAAAAAGAAAAAAAAGAAAAAGGAGAACGGCGACUAAAGAAUGUGGUCAAAGACUGAAUCUUUGUGUACAGUAUUUUUUUUUUUAAAUGCAAUCUACUCGGAGUCUAGUUUAUGUUAGCAGCUUUUAUGUUUUUUCAAAACAGUUUAGGCUGCAAAGAAAUGUUCAUAAUUGUGCCUUGAAUUUAAUUGUACUGUAAAUAAAAUAUUUACACUAAA